AUGUCGCAGCAACGGAAACAGCAGCAGAAGAAUCCUCACAACCCGUCGGGUUCGGGUGGGAAACCACCGAAAUCUGGGGGAGGAGCGCAGGUAAUCUCCGAUGGUAGCCGCAGUCGCAGCGCGACGAAAAAUGCUCGGUCGGGGGGAACCUCGCCGUCGCCGUCGUCUCCACCAUCGACUACUAAUUAUAAUAAGAACAAGGAUAAACAAGACAUAAGAAGACCUCGGUUCAAAGUCACCGACGACGUGCGCUUACCGAACCGAACGUUCACCAUCGUCACCACGGCCGCGUUGCCUUGGAUGACGGGAACCUCCGUAAAUCCGUUGUUACGGGCAGCCUACUUAGCGAAUACUCGCACAGAGAAAGACGAGGAGGAGAGAGAAAAAGAAGAAGAAAUAAAAAGAAAGGUGGCGUUAGUGGUUCCUUGGCUCCCGAAGUGCGACCAACGGCAAGUUUUCCCAAAGCGGCAAUCAUUCAACUACCCGGAAGAGCAAGCAGAAGCGAUGAUGGAGUGGGUGACGAACAGAGUUGGAUUUCGCCCGGAUGUUGAAGUUUUGUUUUACCCGGGAAGGUACGCCACAGACAAAGGGUCGAUCGUCCCAGUCGGGGACAUCAUCGAAAGAAUACCGAUGCGUUUGAGAGACGUGGCGAUAUUGGAAGAGCCGGAGCAUUUGAAUUGGUUUCAUUGCGGGAGAAAAGGGUGGAAGCAAGAGUUUAAUUUAGUCGUUGGCAUUAUACACACGAAUUAUUUAGAGUACGCGAGGAGAGAGGAAAACGGAGAACAGAAGGAGGCGUUUAUACGCGGGUUGAAUUUUACCAUGUGUAGGAUUUAUACGCACAAAGUUAUUAAAUUGAGCGACGCGGUGCAAGAUUUUGGCGAAGAUGCGGUGACGGUUAACGUACACGGCGUGUCGAGAGCGUUUUUGGACGUUGGAAAGCGCAGAGCAGAUUUCGCCAAGGAGAAUGAGAAAAGUGGAGAGAGGUUAGGCUUUUCGAAAAAUUGCUAUUUCAUCGCUAAGGUUGUGUGGGCGAAAGGGUAUCACGAGCUAUUGGACGUGGUGCAAGAGUACAACAAAUCGUUAGCAAUGAAAAAGGAGGAAAAAGAGGGAGGUUUGGAGUAUUUACCCGUCUCCGUGUUUGGCGACGGAGACGAUUUGUGGGACGUCAAAGCCGAAUGCCGGACGAGGAAAAUCCCGCUCGAUUUCAAAGGACGAUUGGAUCAUCUCGACAAAUCCAUCGACGACUUCAAAAUUUUCAUCAAUCCGUCGCUCUCGGAUGUCGUCGCGACGACAACAGCAGAGGCUUUAGCGAUGGGCAAGUUUGUUAUUUGCGCGGAACACCCUAGCAACGCGUUUUUUGCUACGUUUGAAAAUUGUAAAACGUACGCCUCGCAAGAAGACUUCAAUCGAAUAAUGGACGAGUGCUUGCGAACAGAACCGAAACCGAUGGACGACGUCGCCAGAGCGCGUUUGACGUGGGAAGCGGCAACCUCGAGGUUGUUGGAUGCUUCCGAGUAUCCGAUUCGGAGAGAUAACGCGAGUAGUUUGAGUGGUAGCUCUAGUAGUAGAAGUAGAAGUGGAACAAGAAAAGGACAGCAUAACCAGACGGCGGUUUUUUUCAGUCCUCUGAAGUGGCUCCGCAAGCGCGCCUCUUGUAUCCUUUGGCGAGCGAUACACAUGCGAUUGACAAAAAGUGAAGCCAUGCGCGUCGUGUGCGGCGGAGGCGCGGGAACGCUAAAGUCGCCAAAAAAUUUAGUCGAGUGGUGUCCAGAUUACUGGACCGGAGGGGCAUUCGAUCGACCGCCGAGCAUUGCUCAAGAUUUAGGCUUGUUUACCGACGACGGAGACACGAACUAG